AUGGUGGGUCUGGCUAAGUCUGGAUCUGCAAUUGAGAAAAGGUUGUGAGUGAGAUGCUGGAGCUGCAACUAGCCUUUUUCCAAACCGGUGUUAGUUUGUGAAGUAGCAGAGAUAACAGUUCACACAUCAUCUCAAAUAAUCCACCAUUAACAUAUAUGGAGUUUUUCCAUCUGAUUCACCUUAACUCUACUGAGAUUUUUCUCCCCAUUGCCUUGUAUACAGCAUCCAGCCUCAGGAUCCCCAAAUUACCUGUGUGUACACUGGAACUUGGGGGAUGUGAGUGGCGUUGUGGGUUAAACCACAGAGCCUAGGACUUGCCAAUCAGAAGGUCGGCAGUUCGAAUCCACGCAACGGGGUGAGCUCCCGUUGCUCGGUCCCUGCUCCUGCCAACCUAGCAGUUCGAAAGCACGUCAAAGUGCAAGUAGAUAAAUAGGUACCACUCUAGUGGGAAGGUAAAUGGCAUUUCCGUGUGCUGCUCUGGUUCACCAGAAGUGGCUUAGUCAUGCUGGCCACAUGACCCGGAAGCUGUACGCCGGCUCCCUCGGCCAAUAAAGCAAGAUGAGCGCCGCAACCCCAGAGUUGGCCACGACUGGACCUGAUGGUCAGGGGUCCCCUUUACCUUUACCCUUAUACUUUGCUUUUAUAUUGUAGACCACCCUGUGAUCUUCAGAUGAAGGGUGGUAUAGAAUUUUAAUUAAUAAUUAUAAUCAUAGUAAUAAUAAUUGACCAGCCGUGCUAGAGGUAGUCAUCAUUCAGGAGCUUUGUAUAUGUAGUGGCAGUGAAAAUAUAGAUGAUUUAAAGCACCUAGCAGUAACCCAGCUAUGGGCUGUACCCCUUAGAGAAAGGAUGAUACAGGAGAGUUGAGUUGAAUCAAUGGGUGGUGCUGGCCUGAGUAUGGCAAUCUCAAAGAUACCAGCUGAAGCCACAGGAACAUUGACAGUAUAGAUGACACAGUUUCCUCAAGCCUAGUUGAGGUGAGGGUGAGUGAUUUUCCUAGAAACUGUAGCUAGGGAGGAAAAGUUUAUUGUAGUUUCCACAGAGGCCCUGUCCAAUAAAAAUACACACACACACACCAGCGUUAAAAAAGAUAAAACACUUGGAGCCAUCAAAGGGAAUGCUAUCUAUCUUUCCAGUUCUGCGUGAACCCAGCACUUGUUCCUGAGAAUCUGCCACCUAAAUUGGAGAUAUAGCUCCAAAAAUAGCACCCUCCCUCUUGAGCUGAAAAAUGAAGAAAUUUCUGCCCAGUACUCAGUCUCUAUUGAGGAAAAUUAAAAGAAUGAAGAUUUCUCCAUCAAAUGGCUAAUCAUUUAGGGAAAAUCCAGACUGGAAGCGUUUGGAAUAAAUGAGUCCAGUGCUCUUUUUAAAAAGGGGGUACCCAAGGGUACGCAGUACUGGCACCUCUGUUAUUAUUGUUGUUAAAAAGUAUGGCGCGUAGUAUAACAACUUCAUGGUGAGUACCAGCACCUAUUUUUCUAGGCGGGGGGCACUGAAUAGUUCAAUCUAGUGAGGAUAACCAUUUUGGUUAGAGCUAGUCUAUCCAUUAGAGUGAAAUCUUCCAGUUUCCAUCUCAUAAUAUCCUUGCUGGUUGUCUCCCACAGUUUUUAAAAAUUGCACUUAAGGAAUCGAAUUAAGUCUCACUGGAAUAUGUUUUAUACCCAGGUUGAGUGUGUGCAACCAGUGGAGGGGAAAAGUCUGGAUUAUCAUUGCAAAGAGCCUACAUGCAGGACCAGAAGAAUAUUUUUUUCUUGUUGUUGUUUCUUCUUCCUCUUUUGUUUGUUUUACCAAUUUCCCCCCAAACAAACAAACAAACAGAAAGAUAUUUUCCGGCCAGCAAGACAGUUGUCACUGUUGAAUGGUUUCUUUAAAUUUGAAGGUUCAUUAUCGUUCCACAAGAUGUGUAUGUCUUUAAGGGCCAGAGCAAAUAACGUGACCUAGUCUUCCAGCUGUGAAGCAGUAUAGCAGGUGCUGUUAAGUUGUGUUAAUUAAGCUGUGUCAGCAAUUGGGUAUAGUAUAUAAAGAGCAGCACCUAGCUCUCUCAGUACCCUGGUGGUUGGGUCGGUGGUUGGGUCAUGCUUAUUGAUAUAUUAUAAUGUAAAAGGAGUUUUUGUUUUUGUUAUUAAAACCUAGCUAAAGUUAUUUUGAGUUCCUUGUAAUGUGUGGUCUCCCCAGCAAGCUCUCUGCAGCGCAACUAAUCUGCAAAUAGCCAAAAGUCACAGCCUUUUAUCCUCCACUUUUUCUUUCCUGAUGCUAUUUUAAAAAUUUUAAUAGGUGGGAAGAAAUCUCAUCUGACUUGCUAACUGGUUCUCUAACUUGGGUUUGCCCAGGUGUGGUGCUGGACUCAUCUAUUGCAGAAGCGGGACAGCUGGAGAUUAGGCUGGUGAACGGUACAAGUCAUUGCAAUGGAAUGGUUGAAUUUCUCCAUAAUGGCCAAUGGGGCACCAUUUGUGAUGACGAUUGGGGCAUCGAGGAAGCCACAGUUGUGUGCCGACAGCUAAGAUGUGGACCUGCAAUAUCAGCCACACUUGAAGCACAAUUUUGGGGGGGAACUGGACCCAUCUGGCUGGAUGAGGUCCGAUGCUCAGGGACAGAAUCAGAACUCAGUCAGUGUCCUGCAAGCAACUGGGGAGAGCAUGACUGCACACAUGAGGAAGAUGCUGGUGUUGUCUGCUCAGGUAAGUUGAUCACUUAUGUCAAGCCCUGUUUUGUUUGCUUUUUACAUUGUCAUGUACAUUAUCAUGUACAUUAGAGUUGCUAAUUGACCAGAUAAAUGUAUCCUGAAUGAAUCCUGUGCCUUUUAGGCCAGCCUGAUAUGCAAGAUCUUGCAAGUGAAGCUUUUCAUGGGCUGGAAAGAAGCAUAAUUACCUCACAAUGCCUACAUGACCAAUUGCUUUUAAAACCCCAAAUCAGAGACCAGUAAUAAAAUUGUCAAUCCCAGAUGUGACCAAGUCUUCACAAGAUUAAUUUACUAGCUACUUUCUAGAUGGUGAUUUUUUUUCUUUUGAAAGUAUUGUCGACAGGUAAAAGGAGAAUGAGGGGACAGCUGGCUCUCUGGAGUGGUAAAUAAAUACAAGCACUGUGCAAGCCCUGCCCACUGAUGCAGUUGGAGUCUAGGCUUGGCAAUCCAAAUUCAGAUUCUGAACUCCGAAUCUUCAGAACUGCCAUUCACUCCCAUUCACUCUUUUGGUCAUAACUGUUGUUUCUACACUUCUGAGCAUUAAAUCUGGAGAAACUGCAGUACUUCAAUAUGGAAUUAACCCCAAGAACAAUCAGAAACAUAGCCCCAGGGUUGAUGUUGGUUUUUUAAAAAAAUUAGUUUUCAUUAAAUAUUUUCUUGUGUUACAAAACAAACAAAUAAACAAGGAAAAGUACAUAUUGCAUCUCUAUUUUGAUUCAUAUUUUUUAAGUCCCUUAAUUCAAAUAUAAAAAAAAUACUGCUUUUCCUCUAGCCUCUCUUCCACUUUUCCAAGUCUCCCCUUCAAUCUGCCUGAAUUCUCAAAGCAAAAAGCCUGCCUCACAGGAAGGACUAUUUUUAGCCUUAUGGCUUGUCCCUUUAUCUUAUCCACUGUCCUGCUUUCAAAAUGAUCAUGCAGAAGAGAACUACAUCUUGUCUCAUGUGCUACCUCACUCUCUGGAAUUUGCUUUCCUCAGGCAUGACAUUAGAUUCAGAUGCUGAAGACUCAAGUCGAGUGGAAAUCAGGCUGGUGAAUGGUUCAAAUCACUGCAGGGGAAGAGUUGAAUUGCUGCAUAAUGGCCAGUGGGGCACAGUAUGCAGUCACUACUGGGGCCUUGAGGAUGCCAGAGUUGUAUGCCGGCAGUUGGGCUGCGGUGCUGUAAAAUCAGCCCUACAGGCUGCCAAAUUUGGAAGAGGCACUGGCCCUAUAUGGCUGGAUGAUGUCAGAUGCACAGGGACAGAAUCAAAUCUCUAUCAAUGCCCCAAAAUGCCAUGGGGAGAACAUGACUGCAAGCAUGAGCAGGAUGCAGGUGUUGUGUGCUCAGGUGAGUUCAUAAACUAUGAAUUGAUCCUACAUGUUUGCUGGUUUUCACAUUAUCAGGAUUUAUUUCAAAUAUUUACAGCCUGCUCUUCAUGGCUAAGAAGGCAUCUCAAAGCAGAUUACAAUUCUGAAAAACGAAAGGAAAAACCCAACAUUAGUCAUAAUAAAGCAUAAUAGGGAAAGUGAAACCAUAGAAUACUUUAAAAGAUUAAAAAAAAAACCCAUAACAAGUCAAAACAAAAGAAAAAUUCCAUGUGUAUGUGUACAUAUGUCAGGAAAUCCUCCAAUCAUUUUGAAACAAGGUAACAGAUGCUUAUUUUGUUAUUUCUUUAAAAUAUAUUUUCACACAUGCUGAUUCCAAAAUGGUGCUUAUUCCAAAAUAAACAUGCUUAUUGGCAGAAAAAGUAAACUUCAGCCUCCGCCAUACAGUUCCUGGGUUUUUCAGGUUGGAUUCAACCACAUACUGGCAAAUUCAGGCUGUGAAAUUAAAUCUGAGUGGGAGAGGUUGUGCCACCCCCACCCCCCGCCAAAGGACCAGACUUUUUGCCAUGAGGAGAAUAAUGGAAGAAUGCACUGGAUAGUUUGAGAUGUCAUCCAGCUUUCCCUCAAACAAAUCAGCAUCACUGCUCAAUAAACAAGUCUGUCAACCCAAUCAGGGUUGGAAAACUGCCAUUUGCUUGUUUUGUUCUUCUUGCAUAUCAGGAAUGUAGAAGCAGGUGUAGAGCAUGGAAUAGCAGGGGCGGGGUGGGUCAGUGGAGAGAAACACUGUGUGAUCCACAACUGAUUGCAGAAGGGUUGGCAGAUGUAUGUCCAUGGUCCGAAAUUACCAAGCUUCACUAGUGAUAAAUAUGGUUCUUUGGCAUAUGAAAGACCUUCAAACUGCUUGACUUAUUUUUCUCCCACUCAGUCCUGCAGGUACAUUAGCAUGGAGGAAUGGCUCCACCAACAGACUUCAGCCAGGAUAGCUCAUUGGAACCUCCACAGUCAGAGGCAGGAUACUGGGCAUUUAAGACAAAGAAUAUAGGAUGGUCACCACUGCUAUGUAGGGCUUGUAAGCAGCUAAUGGCAUCUAGAGGCUGUGGGUAGUCUUAUCUGGCUGAUCUUACCCAGCAAGCUAGUAGUUAUGCCCUUUUAAGCUAUCCACUUUUUCUAUCCUGAUGCUACUUUCAACAUCUUACCACUCCUCUUACCCACUAUCCUGAAUUUGCUUCACCCAGGUCUGAAGGAUUCAACAGAGAUUGCAGGUUUAGGCCCCGUGGAAAUCAGGCUGGUGGAAGGUCAAAGUCACUGCAGUGGAAAGGUUGAAAUCUUCCUUAAUGGUCAAUGGAACAUUGUUUGUGACGAUGGCAUGAAUAUUGAGAAAGCCCGUGCUAUAUGCCAACAGCUAGACUGUGGAGAUGUAAUCCUGGCUACAAAGGAGGAACGAUGGAGAAUAGGAACUGACUUUAUUACACUAAGAGACAGCAUUUGUGCAGGAACGGAAUCAGCCAUCCAUCAGUGCCAAGGAAGGCUUUCAAAAACCUUAAACUCAUGUCAAUAUGCUGUUCUUGUGUGUUCAGGUAACUUCAUAAACUAAGGCUUGAUCUGCACUUUCCCAGUCCCUGAAGGCAGCCAGUGCCAGUGCUUUGCCAGACCUGUUCCUAUUCUCACAACACAGACCAUAAUUGUUGUCAAAAAUCAUACAAAAUCACAUGACUUGGAGACAUAUAGAGGGGGAAGAGACUGAGGGCACAGAAUUGUCCUUUAUGGCAGGGCCGCCAUCUUGCCCUCAGGAUCAUGGGUGCCCACCGCCGCAACAUGCCUGCACGUUGUGUGUGUAAUGUCACAUGCAAGACUCGCAAUGUUUCAUCGCAUUUUUGGAGAGCUGCUCCUCAAAAAAAGUGAUGCAAGGUUGUGCAUCAUGUGUGUGAUGACACACAUCUGUGUCUUCUGGCGGAUCCUCUUCCUCCUCUCUGCCAUCAGCAAGGUACCCUUUUUCGUGGGGAGGGGCUCAGAUGCCUCCGCGUCCGAGGCCACCCCCUUCCUGGAAAAGGGUGACUCACUGACUGGCUGCGGAGGGCAGAGCUGAAAGACUUGUCUCGGAGGCGUCGCUGCAGAGGCUAGACAGCUGCCCCUCUCUGGCUUUGUGGGUGCCCAGCCUCCCACCCCACCCCCACCCCUGGAGUUGGCACCUAUAUGGCAUUUUAGGGGAAACAGGGAGCCAGCAAGACUGCAGGCUAAACUCCCAAAGGGGAAAGUUCUUGUGGAAUAUGGUUGAAGAGAGAUCUGACAAAUAAUGAAGCUAGAGAUCUAAGAGGGAAGAACCACCAUGAAUUGCCAUUCUUGAAUGAAGCACUUGCAGAAAACAUUUCUUGGGUUUCUGUAACCUGCUGGGGCAAGACUACAGCUAUCCAACUGAUUACUUAUAUACUAAGUGAUGUAGUGAUGAAAGGUGUGGGUUGUUUUUUUAUAUAUAGUUUUUAUCUAUUGGUCUGCUGUGAGUAGUGUAUAUAGCAAAAGGCUAUAUUUUUGAGUUUGCUAUGGAUAUAUUUCUAUGUCAUUUUUUCUGCCUAAAAGCCUUCUAAACAGCUCACAAAACAAUAUUUUAAAAAAUUCCACUAAAGAGGAUGGGAUGGGCUCCCAGCUUCAUGCACUGACUGAUUGGAUGCUGCUGGAGAUUUUAAAAAAGCAUGGACGUUGGUCUGAUCCAGCAACAGUGGUCACUCCCCUUUUUCUCACCCGCUUUUUAUAUCCUGUUGCUACUUUCAGAAUGGUUAUACAUAGGAUGAAUUUCUGUAAUCCCACUUCCUCACCCACUCUCAGGCAUUUGCUUGAUCCAGGUGUAGCUUCAGACUCAGAUGCUGCAAACUCAUCCCAAGUGGAAAUCAGGCUGGCAGAAGGCUCAAGUCGCUGCAGUGGGAGGGUUGAAGUGCUCCUUCAUGGCCAGUGGGGCACUGUAUGUGGUCACGGCUGGGACAUGGAGGAUGCCAGAGUUGUAUGCCGGCAGUUGGCCUGCGGAGGUGCAAGAUCAGCCCUACGGAAUGCAGAAUUUGGAAGAGGCACUGGCCCCAUCUGGCUGAAUGAUGUCCGAUGCACAGGGACAGAAUCAACUCUCGGUCAGUGCCCAGCAAGGUCUUGGGGGGCACUGAACUGCAGUGAUCUAAAUGCUGCUGCGGUUGUAUGCUCAAGUAAGUUCAUUAUCUGCAUUACUCUUGAAUAAGAAGUCUUGGGAAGAAGUACUGUAUUUUUCGCUCUAUAAGUCGCACUUUUCCCCUCCUAAAAAGUAAGGGGAAACGUGUGUGUGUGUGUGUGUGUGUGUGUGUGUGUCUUAUGGAGCGAAUGCAGGCGGGAGGCUCUGCUCAGUGCUCCCUUUAAAGAGCCACAUGGAGCAUGUGUGCGGCUUUUGGGGGCUUUUCCCCGAGGAGCGAGAAGGGCUGCCCUUCUCCCUCCUUGGGGAAAAGCCCCCAAGAGCCGCACACACACUCCGCGCGCUUACACACACACAUUUCCCCUUACUUUUUAGGAGGGGAAAAGUGCGACUUAUAGAGCCUUCAUCCCACUGCCCUGAAGAGGCUUUGCAUGGCUAUCCCAGAAGCCAGAACAGCAAUAGGCUAUCCCAGAAGCCAGAUCCCUCUUGCUGUUCUGGCUUCUUGGAUUCAGAAUAUUUUUUUCUGCAUGGGACAGUGACAAUAAAGAUAUCGCAUCGUGUAAGUUAUGCUGCCACUAUAUUUUCCCACCUCAUUCAUUUUAGUGCAAAGGAAAUACAAUGGAAUUGGGGAGCAAAUGCCACCAAUUGCAUCUUUUGGGGCCUGAAAGCAACAACAGAGAAUAUUGAUUGUAUUUGCUGGAUUUAUCUCCAUUCUGGACAUGGGAUGAAUCAACAGAUAUCUGCAAUUGCUGCUUCUGUUUCUAUUUUCAUUAUAACUGAUUAAAAUCCCUAAGCGAUCUUCCCCUCCUCCUGCAUGAAUCUUAAUAUGAUAAUUUACCUCUACUAGCAGCAAGACAUGCAGGCAUUUCUGUAGGUUCCUUCCCUGGAUGUGUUACUAUAAGUCUUUUUUGUUCCAUCAGAGCUUCGUCUCAUAAAUGGCUCGAGUAACUGCUCUGGACGGAUUGAGGUGUUUCACAACCAGCUGUGGGGGUCCGUUUGUGGUGCUGGCUGGGAUUUACAGGAUGCCAACGUUGUUUGUGGAGAAAUGAGCUGUGGAAAUGCCUUAAGAGUGCGAAGUGAAGCUUGGUUUGGCCAAGCAUCUGGUCCCAUUUGGCUGGAGAGAGUUAAUUGUACAGGAGAAGAAACAUCCUUCUAUGAUUGCCCCAGAGGUCCCUGGGGAGAGCACAACUGCAGCCACAGCCAAGAUGCAAGUGUGGAGUGCUCAGGUAAGGUUCUCUCUUAGGAGUCAGUGAAUCCUCUGUUGGGUGGAGUUUAGAAAAUCCCAACUAUCAAGUUCAAAUUAUUAUUGCAGUAUAUCCAGUUCUGGGACGUGGGUGGCGCUGUGGGUUAAACCACAGAGCCUAGGACUUGCCGAUCAGAAGGUUGGCGGUUCAAAUCCCCAUGAUGGGGUGAGCUCCCGUUGUUCGGACCCAGCUCCUGCCAACCUAGCAGUUCGAAAGCACGUCAAAGUGCAAGUAGAUAAAUAGGUACCGCUCCGACGGGAAGGUAAACGGCGUUUCUGUGCACUGCUCUGGUUCGCCAGAAGCGGCUUAGUCAUGCUGGCCACAUGACCCGGAAGCUGUACGCCAGCUCCCUCGGCCAAUAAAGCGAGAUGAGCGCCGCAACCCCAGAGUCAGCCACGACUGGACCUAAUGGUCAGGGGUCCCUUUACCUUUACCUUUAUAUCCAGUUCCGCCAAGAAAUUGGUACAAGAUACAAGAUUUAAAUAUAUGGAUAUUUAGAAGAUGAAUACAUGCAUACUCUUUCACACAGUCGUACUUGUAUAGUGUGCACAAGUGUUAAGGGUAAUCUGUGAAGAACCCCAUACCCUUGGGCAUGUUCUGGGUCUUUAAUUUAUGUGAUGCUUUUUUGUUCAUGGGACCUUCCUUCACGAGGUUGCUUCACACUUUAUUGAAAUCCCCUGGACAACAUGGAGGCUUCAUGAGAGUGAAUCACCCUUAGACAUGUUAGAUAUCUUCCUUUGCCUCCUUUCUUUUGCCUUGUGUCCCACCUGAAGGAAACAUCUUCUGUCACUGAACCAUAUUACAGAUGUUCAUAUGUUGCAUUAAAUGAGUGUACACAAUACACAAUAGUAGAGCUGUAAAAACUAGCAAGUGUGAACUCUUUCACACUAUCACUCGCACAUGUGUAGAGACAGUUUUACCUGUGAUUCCCUCCUGGGGUUGGGUGAGCCUGCUGUUUUGACUUUGGGGGUGAAGGGUUCCCCCAGGGCUGCAGGGGAGGGUGCCUGGGAAAGAGAGAAAGGGCAGGAGAGAAGCCCAGACAAUAAAAUGGCUGGUGGACUGAGAGCAUCAAUGGCACCUUCUGGAGGCAAAAUUCCUGGCUAAUCACCCUGACUUUAUGAAUCCUUUUGUGCAUUAAUUAGAUUUAAGCCUGUUGGUUAUAUGAGGGUGAUUAUCACACAGAAACAACAGAUGUGCCUUUCAAAAAUUCUAGAACCACCAGAGACCAGAUUGGUGAACGGCUCAAGCUUUUGUUCUGGAAGGGUUGAGGUGCUCCACAACCAGCAGUGGAGGACAGUGCGUUCUGUUUCCUGGAAUCUGCAUGAUGCCCAAGUAGUGUGCAGGGAAGUUGGCUGUGGAUCUGCUUUGUCAACCAAGAAAGGACCUCACUUCGGAAGAGGACAUGGCCCCUUCUUGUGGAAAGAUACAUUCUGUUUUGGGACAGAAGCUGCUCUCAGAUACUGUCAAAAUAUUGACAUGUUCCAUGAAGUAAUUUUUGAAGACUCUUGGGAAGAUGUUGGUGUUGUGUGCUCAGGUAAUGGGUGUGAAUGCAUUAAAGGGUGCCAUACUGUGGACAUAUAAAUUGGGUAUAAGUUAAAUCAGUCUGUCUCUUUUGUUGGCAGCAUAUUGGUAUUGGUAGUCAUGAGAAGGGAGAAGAGAUACAGUCCACAAUGCAUCUUUCCCUUUCCCCACAUCCCUCUCUCCUUUCGUGCUUAUGUCUGAUGCAAAAUCUAAUCUUGUAGCUCUUAUAAUUUCAAAGGGUAGAUCUUUGAAAUUUAAAGGUUUUUUUAAUGCAGUGGUGGGGAACAACUGACGCACAGGCCAUAUGCACUGCAAAGGAGAGUUUCUUUAUACAGGCCAUAUCAUAGGUUUUUGCUUGGAGGGAAACCUGCUAUUGGAAUGAAUAGUUUUUCCUCAAGACUAAAUGCUGUGUUUGAAAGAUUAGGGGAGAGAUUGAGGGCACGAGGAGAAGGGGACGACAGAGGACGAGAUGGUUGGACAGUGUUCUCAGAGCUACCAACAUGAGUUUGACCAAACUGCAGGAGGCAGUGGAAGACAGGAGUGCUGGCAUGCUCUGGUCCAUGGGGUCACGAAGAGUCGGACACGACUAAAAAACAACAACUGCACUGUGAUUCCUGUGUUGAAAAUGGCUCCCACCGACUACAAUAGGCCUUGAAUAAAAGCCUCUCAUUUGGUGUAAUAGCAGGUCCCCCCCCCGCCCCCACCAGGGCUAAAUGUGCCACUAAGGGCAGUUUUUGGGUUGGGCUGCAGCUGAGGAGUGGAGUCAUCCUCCUGUCCCCAAGACCUGCAGCUUGGAGCUUGAGUGACUAUAGAAAACCCUCAGCAGAGAAGGUUAAACCAAACGGUUUGUGUGUAACUGAAUUGACAUAUAAGAAGAACAGGAGGCACUGCUUCUGGAGUUCCUGCUUGUGGGGUUUUAUAUUCCAGGCCACAUAUUUCAGGUUUGAGGUCAGGGACCAGGUCUUGUUGCUUUGCCAGAAGUAUGUGAGGGGAAAACAACUUGACUCAAUCUUAUAUUUCCUUGACAUCUGAUGGGAGGGCGUUCUGCGUUUUAAACCCAAGGUAUGAUUCUAUUAAAUAAUUCAUGGAAAGGGUGAUGGUGUUUAUAUAGGAGGAUAAUGUUGGGGGGGGCAGGGUAGGUGGCUUAAUUCUCAACCCCUCUAUUUCAUUCAUUAGAUCCCAAAUUAUAAACAAGGUUAUAUGACAGCUGUGCCUUUCAAAAACAACAACAACAACAACAACAACAACAACAACAACCCUCUUUUCCCCCAUCAGAGGUCCGCUUAGUGAAUGGCUCAAGUCGCUGCUCUGGGCGAAUUGAGGUGUUUCACAACCAGCAGUGGGGGACUGUGUGUGAUGCUGGCUGGGAUUUACAGGACGCCCAUGUUGUGUGCAGAGAACUGAGCUGUGGAAAUGCCUCCAAAGCAUUUGGUGGAGCCUUGUUUGGCCAAGGAUCGGGUCCCAUCUGGCUGGAGGGAGUCAACUGUACGGGAGAAGAAGAGUCCCUGUCCAUAUGCCCAAGAAAGUCAUUGGCAGAGCACAGAUGUGAUCACAGCCAGGAUGCAAGUGUGGGGUGUUCAGGUAAUGUUGUAGGAGAGUUUUGUUUAGUGUAUCCUGUGUAGAGCCAAAGACCCAAAGCAAGUAUUUCUAGAUGAAAGCUGGAUAGAUUCACUCUUCUGGUGGCAGAAAAUCAUUGAGGGAGAGAAUGGCAGGAAUGUUUGGCAGGUACUCAGGUAGAAAAUGCUAGCUCUAAAACUGGCAUUAAUUCCUCCUAAACAGGAGCCUACAGCUGGAGCAUUUAUCCAUCAAUUCUUCCUUAUGCUUAAAUCUAUAUAUAGCCAUUAAGUUAAGGUUUUCUACUAAAUUGAAAAAGGUAAUGAGUAGUCUCCCUUCCUCUGAGUCCGAUUUCCUUAUUGUCCUAUCCAUAUCCAGGGAGACUACCCCAUUAGUAUCCCACAUCAGAAUUAUUUUCUGAUCCAUAUAAUCAAGCAGUUUUUCCUCUAAUAUUUUGUAGUAGUAUUCCGAUUUUCUUUCAUUUGGUGUGUAUAUUCCUACAAUUCUUCCCUCUUCAUCUUUAAAAUUUUGCUGCGGGUCGUAUUUCUCAUUUACAUAAAUUACCACUCCCCUUUUUGUGUGUGUGUGUGUGUGUGUGUGUGAUGUUAUAAAUUAUUUUCCUAAUCUUUUGUUUAUUAAGACUCUUCUGUGUUUUUUUGCAACAUGUGUUUCCUGAAGACAAAUUAUAUCCAAAUUUUGUUUUAUUAAAACGUGUUCUAUUUUAUUUCUUUUUAAUUUAUUAUUCAGUCCAUUAACAUUCCAUGUCAAACAUUUUGAAUCCAAUCUCUCUCUCUCUCUCUCUCUCUCUCUCUAUAUAUAUAUAUAUAUGAUGAGUCUUUUUGUUUCUCUUCUUCCUGUUUAUCUCCUCUAUCUUCCAAGCCUGUUUCUCCCUCAGUUGUUUUGACUCCAAGUUGUUUUUUAUAUUCCCUCCAAAACUGACUUGUCUUUACAUCUAUGCUUUCCCCCUUUGUAUGAAAAUGAGAUCCCUUCCGGAAAUUCCCACCUGCACGGUAUAUAAUUUUCUCUCAACGCAUCUGUCAGGAACUUAUAGUUACUUCUCUUCUUUAGCAAUCUGAUCGGAAUAUGAUGUUUGUAUUGUCAAUACACAAUCUUUUUUCAUAGUUCAUCUGCAGUAUCCUAUCUUUCAUCUCUCUUGAAUUGAAUAUCACCAGACAGUCCCCUGGUAGUUUUUUUUUUUUAGCCUUUGCGUAACUUGAUUUGAUCACGAAGGCUUUAUCCAAUGAAAAGUUGACUUCCUCUUCUUCAGUUUCUUACCAGCCUGCUAUUUCUUUUAUUAUUUUGGCUCGUCUAUAUAUCCUCCUCCACACUUUCUGGGAUCCCUCAAAUUCUCAAAUUUGAUUCUUUCUGCUGCAUUUCCAGCACUGCAAUUGAAUCCCGUACAGCUUCCUGCAUCAUACUUAAUCCUACCGCAUCUUACUUAGACCUUUCAUGAGGUCUUUCAGCUCUUUUACCCUGUUUGUUUUCUUAGUUGUUUCUUCCAGGCCUUGUGUCUUUACUUUUAAAUGUUGCAUGGGUUUUCCUAGUUCUAAAGUUUUUGUUGAUAAUUCUUUGAUUUGUCCAGUUAGGUCCACCACUGAUUUUGUAUUCUGUUCUACCUUGUUUUCCAUCCUUUCCAAUUUCUCCUCCAGAUUCUUUGCAUUAUCUUUUAUAUCUUUCCUUAAUUCAGAAUACAUUUCUGAAAUUUCCAUUUUGGGCUUUGGUUCUUGGGUGGCACCUCUUCUCAUCUGGGCUGGAGUUGUUCUUUGUCCCACUAGGGGGGAUAAAAGGGGAAAGGAAAGGGAGGGUGGAACUUUCUCUUUGGCCGUUUCUAUGUGCCUAAUCUAAAAUGGACAGUCUGAAUAAAAAUCAAUCAAUUUAUAAAAAUCAAUCCAGUAGUUCAGCAUGUAAAACAGGAAUUGUGAAUAACCAUUAUAGGAAUUGAUUAGAAUCAGCUUUAAUAUUUAGAAAAUAUUUAAUUAUUUAAUAUAGAAAUUAAUAGGGGCUAGGUAAUAUAUAUGUAAUAAAUCUUUAUAAGGAGUUUGGAAAUUUUUACCCCUGGUUAAAAUUUCAUGUUUGUGUAUUGUGGGAAAAAUGUGAGCAACAGACAAAAAUACUAGCUGAAAAUUCCAGCAUGGCCACCUGCCCACUUGUUAUGCUUCAGCCUAAAUGGAAGCCAGGAAGAAUGAGGAACUGGAAGGUGGAGAAACAAAAUUUCCUUUAAUCUUUACAGACCUCCAAACCAUCAGAUUGGUGAAUGGAACAAGUCCCUGCUCCGGAAGAGUCGAGGUGCUCCACAACCAGCAGUGGUUGACCAUGUGUGAUGAGGGAUGGGAUCUGAACAGUGCCAACGUUGUCUGUCGAGAAAUUGGCUGUAGCCCUCCCUUGUCAGUCCCAAGAGGAGCUCAUUUUGGAAGAGGACAUGGUCCUGCCUGGUUGACUGGUGUCCAUUGUCAGGGAACAGAAGCUACGUUCAAGGAGUGCACCCCAAACAACUGGCAAACGAAAGACUGCAGCCAUGGAGAAGGUGCUGCCGUUGUGUGCUCAGGUAACAUAAAUGCUUAGACACUAGCUGAAAUUUGAAUCAUGACUGUUAUGCCAAAAGUUGGCUUCUCUUGAGCUCUGAUCAUCCUCUGAAGGGGCAGAGGGUGAGCCUUCCUCUUCUUGUUCCAUACUCUUUUCUGGGCCUCAUCUAGAACACAAUUCACAACAUUCCUGCAGUGUUUCUUCUAGGCUUUGUUCUGCCUCCUGCAUCAUUUUUGUCCUUUCUGUUCGCUUUUGGUUGGGGUGGGGGGUGGGGAGCUGAAAGGGCACCAUACCAGUUUAAUGCAAUGUCUGAAUUUGAAAUAACUAGCUAUUUUAAUAUCCAGAAAAUCUAAUUACUAUGGACAUUUUACAUAUUCAGUGGCUAUUUCUGCCCACAACUCUUCUGGGGGAGGGUGUACAAGGGGAAGCAGUGCCCUUCCAGGGACUCAGGGGUGCCCUGGGAGUCUCACCACAAUAUUACUUCUACAAUAGUAAAAACUAGUGAAGAAACAAGGAGGGGGUAGAAAUUCCUCUGCUGUGCUGAAAUUUGGAAUAUAUCCAAAUGAUGUUGAUAGCCAUAGCAAGGAGGAAACUACUGCCCUUCCCUCCAAAAUUCGGGGGGGGGGGAAGAAUCAUUUUUAUUAAGUUUUCCAUUUUAACAAUCCAAUAAAAUCACAUUAAAUGUUCUAAAUUAUACAAAUACAUAUCAAAUAGUCCAGAUAUUAUGCCUAAAUUAUAUAUAUUUUUUGUUGGGACUUCCCAUGCUUCAAGUUCAGGGGGGCUCUGAUCGUCUCAUAUCUCUGCUGCCUUGGAUAGUCUUUCCAAUAGUUCCUUUAAAUCUUCCUGUUGUUAACCUUCCUUCUUUCAUGGCCUCUGAGUUGUUUCCACAAGCGAGUUGAAAGAAGCAAUGAUGUGUUUCUGUGUGGAUUUUAUAUGUAUGAUUCUCCUCUAUUGUUGCAGUAUCUCCUCACACGCUGGUGUUUGUGCCGAAUCAAUCCAAAAGUCAUUUCGCUGCUGGCAGACACCAUCUUCUCCCAGUUCCGAUGAAAUCAAAUCUCGGCGUUUGCUCAUUAAUUUUCCCAGACUGGUUUCAUCAAACAUUAGCCUUUGCAGGGGAGAUUUACCAAAUCAGACUUGAAAUACAGAUAUAAUGACAUAUUAAGAGCCCGCCUCCCCCUAUGACUAUUUAUAACCCUGCAGCUCAGUUUUAUUACAUCAUGGCGGAUUUCCAGAUUAAAAAGUGCGUCACAUCUCAACAUUCUAGGAACACGUCCAAUGUUUUUUGAAGUCUCUCCAGUGGUUAACGAGAUCUUGCUUCUUUGUAAAAUCAGCAAUUGGAGAAUCUUUUAUCUUCUUCCAGGCAAUUCAAAAAAGAAAAGCUUUAAUUAUAUAAUAUUGUUAUUGCCACACAGUUUAUAUCAAAAUUCUGGAAAUUGGGGUGGGUGGGUGUCAAAAAGACUCUCCUCCCUGGAAGAGAGGGGAGUGGUUGUGGGCGGGAGCCCGAGCACCGCCCCUAGCAGGGGGCAUUAGCCCCCUGCCUCCUCCUCUCACCUGGCUGGCGCCCACGCCCCUCGGCAGGCACCCAACCAGGUGCCUCCGAGGGGGCGUUUACAGCAGCCUUUUGCUGCGGCGCCAGCCUCUCCUCGGCCUCAUUCUUCUCCGUCCUCUCGUCGCGAGUCACCCACCCUCCACUCCCUUUUAGCUCAGGGUCUUUGUUCUUUGGCCUUGCUAUGGACCUUAGGUUGGUCGCCCUGGUUGUCCAGGGGGCCUGGUAGGAAUUUUUCCAUUUGGCAUUAGGCUUUGGUUUUUUCGCCUACCUCGUAGCAAUCGUCACAACUUUUUGUGGUAUUGGUGGGUAGGUUAGGCAUUGGGAUAAUGUGUUGUGGUGUGUCGAAGGGCUGGGUGUGGCCAUCGCCUAUGCCUUCAAUUUUUGGGUAUUCCGUUAAAGGAAUCUGGCGGUCGUGUACUCUGUCCGAUGCCUGCUUGGCGGGAGGCCAUGGCAUGACCCCUGGUGACAUCAGGGGAGAGCCUAUAGUUGGAUUAGCAUCAACAGGCUCCACCUACUGGUGAAUAAACCCCCUUGUUUUAGACAUCCAAUGCCUAAGCCAAUACCUUUUCACUGCUGUAAUCAAUAAAGUUGUGGCCUUUUCUUGCCCAUUAACCUUAUAUCACAUGUCCUUGUGUAUUUAUUUCACAUUGCGGGGGUCGGGUCCUCGAACCACAAUGAAUAUUCAGCUUAGUACAAGGAUAUUUUUAAAAUGAAAACGAUGCCCCCCUAGUGAGAAUCAGCAGACAAAUAUCUAUCAUUGUUGAAGAAGUGCCCAGUUUCAGGCAUGACUUCCAACAAAACAAUUCAAUAGAUUCUGUUUCGAUGAGCUCUGAUAACUAGGGGCAAUAAAAAGGAAGGAUGAGGAAUGUGAGAGGUGGAGAUAUAAAUCUGUAUUUUUUUCACACCCAACAGAGAUCAGAUUGGUGGGUGGUCCAAAUAUUUGCUCUGGGAGAUUUGAGCUGCUCUACAACUGGGAUUGGAUCACCGCAUGUAAAGACGAUUUGGACUGGAACAGUGUCCAAGUCAUGUGCCGGCAACUUGGCUGUGGACCCAUCCUGUCAUUGGCAGCAGUAGGUGGUGGAUAUGGACCAAGUUUUGUGCCAGGAAACAAUUUCACCUGUGAGGGAACAGAAGCUUCUCUCAACUACUGCCAAGGAAGAUAUGUCCCUGGAAUGAAGUGCCGGUGGUCUUAUAGACAUGUUAAAUGCUCAGGUAAUAUUAAUUUCCUCGUUUGUUUUUUUAUUCAAUUUAAAACUCGCUUCCCAUGAAAUGUCUCAAAUAUAUAUUGAAUCAGCAAUCAAAUCAAUGAAAAUGUUUAUGUAUAAAACAAUUAUAAUAUAUUUGAUUAAUAAAGCAAUUCAGUAUAUAAAAAAAUUUCAAAUGCAAUAGAGGAUUUAAUGCUUUAAUGUUGAAAAAAGAAAGACUUUAAUAGGCACCAAAUAGGCAAUAGAGAUGGCGACUGUCUUAUACAUCACAGGAGGAAGUUCCAAAGGGUGGGUUCCACCAGGCUGAAGGCUUUGUUCUUAUGGACCGCCUGAUCAGAUGCUGUCUGCAGGAGACCUUCUCCCAGAGAGCGCAGUGAUUGGGUGGGCAUGUAAAGGAUGAGGUGAUAUUGCCUAACAUGUGCCCUCCUGACCACUUCAGUUAGUGGAAUUGGCACUACUACAGGUGCCACAUAAUACCCAUUCUGCAUCUGUAAGUAUUCAAUUGUUUAGUGUGGCAGUGUCUCCCUGCCUAUUGAAAUCCAAUUGGUGCCUUCACUGUACUCUUUCCAGUGCCUGUUAUAAAAACACUUUUGUUCAGACAAACCUACCUAGGUGCUUAGAAAUGCCGGUGUGAAUUUUAAUCUGUUUGAGUCUCUUAGGUUUGGUAGGUUUUUGAUGUGUUGCAAUUUUCCCUGAUUUUAUAGUUUAUCUCUUUGUAAACCACUUUGAAGUUUUGUACACUAUAAAUUUUAUGGAAUGAAUGAAUGAAUGGUCAUGGAAAUGCAGCUCGUUCUAGGUAGGAUCUUUUGUUGUUGUUUAGUUGUUUAGUCAUGUCCGACUCUUCGUGACCCCAUGGACCAGAGCACGCCAGGCACUCCUGUCUUCCACUGCCUCCCGCAGUUUGGUCAGACUCAUGCUGGUAGCUUCGAGAACACUGUCCAACCAUCUCGUCCUCUGUCGUCCCCUUCUCCUUGUGCCCUCCAUCUUUCCCAACAUCAGGGUCUGAGUCUUCUCUUCUCAUGAGGUGGCCAAAGUAUUGGAGCCUCAGCUUCACGAUCUGUCCUUCCAGUGAGCACUCAGGGCUGAUUUCCUUCAGAAUGGAGAGGUUUGAUCUUCUUGCAGUCCAUGGGACUCUCAAGAGUCUCCUCCAUAAUUCAAAAGCAUCAAUUCUUCGGCAAUCAGCCUUCUUUAUGGUCCAGCUCUCACUUCCAGCUCUUGGCAAGGUGAUGUCUCAGCUUUAUAAGAUGCUGUCUAGGUUUGUCAUUGCUUUUCUCCCAAGAAGCAGGCGUCUUUUAAUUUCGUGGCUGCUGUCACCAUCUACAGUGAUCAUGGAGCCCAAGAAAGUAAAAUCUCUCACUGCCUCAAUUUCUUCCCCUUCUAUUUGCCAGGAGGUGAUGGGACCAGUGGCCAUGAUCUUCAUUAGGUAGGAUCUUUACCUGUCUUAAAUAAACAGGCAAAGCCAUAGAUAACCAGCAAGACCAUCCAGUAGGUACCCCUUGAUGUAUUUAAUUAAUCCUGCUGCAGCAGGUCUGUACCUUCAGGUCAAAACUCCUGUGCCGAUCAGUAGUAGGACUGCAGCUAUGAAGAGCCGCUGGAGCCUAACUUAGCAAGAUAGCAAAUGAAUAAAUUAAUACAUUUAUUUUGAGUGGGCUCUGCUGGAACCUAUCCAAACUCUUUUGUUCCCUCCCUCCUCCACCAAUCAAUCCCCUUUUCUCCACUUCACUUUUGUUCUGACUAUAUUUCCCACAACAGUACACUAUGGCACUACAAAUUGCUAUGAUGCAUUGCUGAUUGUUCUUCUUCUUUUUAUUGUUUUUAUUCAUUGAUUGUAUUGUUGAGAAAAACAAAAACCAGAACUGAAAAGUUAAAAAGCCUUUUUCAAUCUCUGCAGGGAUCAGAUUAGUGAAUGGUACAAACCGCUGCUCUGGGAGAGUGGAGGUGCUCCACAACCAGCAAUGGCUGACGGUGUGUGAUGAUGGCUGGGAUCUAAACAGCGCCCAGGCUGUGUGCAGGGAACAUGUCUGUGGGGAAGCCUUGUUUGUCCCAAGAGGAGCUCCCUUUGGAAGAGGAUGUGGUGCCACCUGCUUGGCUGGAGCCAAGUGUCGGGGGAUGGAAUACGGAUUUAAGAACUGUGACCUACACUGGGAAACACAUAAUUGCAGUCAUGGAGAAGAUGCUAGUGUUGUCUGCUCAGGUAAUUCUAGGUUGAGAGAAACUGGCAAUACGUUCAUCUUAAUUACUACUAUCUUCCCUAAUAACGAUAAAUUCCUUCUUCCCCAUAUUUAUAGGUUCCUUUUUAUUUUGUUCCAAUUUUUUUCAUAAUUGUAUUUUAAAAUAUUUAUAUUUUUGGUUGUUAACCAGACCCCCAAAUAAGUGAUUUUUUAAAUGGAUCUCUAUUUCUACAUUUUGUUGUAAUUCUAUUUUAUCUUCUCUUGCUAAUUUCUUUACUAAUAAUUUUGUUUUAUUUUUAUUCAGCUUAAAUCCUGCCACUUGCCCAAAUUCCUGUAUUUUCUCUAAUACCCUCAAAAGGGAAUUUUUAGGAUCUUCCACCAUAAUUACAAGGUCAUCUGCAUAUGCUUUAAGCUUAUAUUCCUUUUUCCCUACCAUAAUUCCUUUAGUCUUAUUAUCUGCCCUGAUAUUUCUCGCCAGGACUUCCAAAACCAAAAUAAAUAAAAGAGGUGAUAGGGGACAUCCCUGAUUUGUUCCUUUCUGUAUUUUACAUUGCUCUGUUACCACCUGGUUCACAAUUAAUUUGGCUUUUUGAUCAGAAUAUAUAGAUUAAAUCCCUUUCCUAAAUCUCACCCAAAGUUCAUCUCUUCAAGAACUUUUUUCAUAAAAUCCCAUGAAACAUUAUCAAAUGCUUUUUCAGCAUCUAUAAACAUCAGGACUGCUUGUUUUUCAUUGGAAGGGAGGGAUAUUAGUCCUUUUUUUGUACACCACUUUCUAGAUUUUAUGUUGUAGAACCAGGCACAACUUUAAAUUGGCUGUAACUGCCAAAUCUUUCUUUACUAGUAUUUGCCAAUACAGCAAGUGAACUCUGUAAGAGCAAUUCUUCUUCCUCUGGGCUCCAGUUCUCCUCUUUCCCUACAUUCUUGCCUUUUCUUUUUUGGUUUCAAAAGUGGUGACUGAACUGACCCUUGACUAAUUUCGUCCAAUAGCCAAGGCUUGAAUAACUUGCAAGUCUAACAUUCCAGAAACAUCAUUAUUUGAGCAGCAUCUCAGGAAUCAGCUUCUUUUGUGCUCAUCCACUAUACAUUCUCAUUUAUAUUCAGUAACAUUAUCUUAAUUUGACCGGAUUUUGCAUCAGCAAAAAGGAAUAAUGGCACAUUUCCAGUGGUGAUGAUUGUGUGCAGCAGAAUGCAUGUCGUAUCUCCAUAGCCCCAUUCUUUUGCCAUGAAAGUAGGCAGGUUUGCUCUGCCAAUUAGGCCAACAGAAAUCUAUUUAAACAUUUUGAGGAAGACUUCAAUUUUGAAAUUCAGGAUAUUAAAAGCUUAUUUUUCCUCAUUGUUUUCUUGAAAAUGCUUUGCCAUUGUGGUUAGUAGCAUUGGCACACUGGUCCAGGACCAUAUUCCCUCAUAAUACAGUGGAACCUUGGGUUACAUACUCUUCUGGUUACAUACGCUUCAGGUUACAGACUCCGUUAACCCAGAAAAAGUACCUUGGGUUAAGAACUUUGCUUCAGGAUGAGAACAGAAAUUGUGCAGCGGCGGCGCAGUGGCAGCAGGAGGCCCCAUUAGCUAAAGUGGUGCUUCAGGUUAAGAACAGUUUCAGGUUAAGAACAGACCUCCAGAACGAAUUAAGUUCUUAACACGAGGUACCACUGUACUUCUGUGGAAAGCAGGUGUAUCUGAAAGUCAUGUUCUCUCAGAGAUGGUGUUUUUUUUCAGCAUGUUGCUCUGCAAGUAGAGAGGACACGCCCUUCCAAGGGAUAUGACUUCCAGAUAGAGCAUCUUUCCACUGAUGUAUUCUUGGGGGAAAUGGCUCUGGGGUCUUUUGGGGAUGCUUCCACCACUAGCUGCAAUGGGAAGAACAAGUUAAAGUUGUGUGUGUGUGUGUGUGUGUGUGUGUGUGUGUAAAAGAAGUAAGGAGAAGAGAAAUAUAUUCAAUCCUGCAUUCUGAAAUAUAGGACCCCUUCAAAUUUUAAAGUAAUGGUCUUCAGCUGACCAAAGGUGAUGGCAGAUCUGGACUCCAUAGAUAGCACCCUGUGCUUGUCAGGCGCCUCCUCCUCCACUGUGCACCCACCACUGCACUCCCACCCACUUUCCGUCUUCUGUUUUCCCUCUCCUCCCACCAUCCCAUUUCCCCUCUCCAUUUAGCCCCCCUUGCUUCAUCACAGCUUUUCUUCUCCCUGUUCUAUGGCAUCUCACCUUCUCGUAUUUUCCAUACCUUGAGACCCACAGAGUCUUGCUCAAAUUCCAUGCUGUGUUUGCAGCUGCUUCUUGAUGGACAGGCUCUCUGCUUUGCAAGAGAGCAGCUGCAGCCUCCAACCAGUAAGCCAUGCUGCAAAGGCAAGAGAGAGGUUCUGCUAGGUUGGCAGAAUGGAACGAGGAGAAGUGUUUUGGAGGGUCCGAGAAAGGGGCUCAGAUGAGCACUAUCCCACCACCACUUGCCAGUUCAGGAAAAGAGAAACUCCAAGAGGGUGCAAAGCAGGACUGGAGAGGUUUGGAGGGCUGCAUUUGGUCCCUGAGCCUGAUAUUCCCUACCCAUGCUCUAACCUAGAACCCUUAACAUUUCCCAUGGAAGCUACAAAAAAUGAGGAAUUGGGAGGUGGAGGCACAAAAUGGACUCUAACCAUUUUAAACCCUACAGAUAUCAGAUUGGUGAAUGGUACAAGCCCUUGCUCUGGAAGAGUUGAGGUGUUCAACGCCAGACAGUGGGGGACUGUGUGUGAUGAUGGUUGGAAUCUGAGCAGCGCCCAAGUCGUGUGCAGGCAACUUGGAUGUGGGGAAGCCUUGUCGAUCAAAGAAGCAGCUCACUUUGGGAGAGGCAAUGGCCCCAUCUUGCUGGAUGAGGUCAGAUGCAAGGGGACAGAAGCUACCCUCCGCCACUGCCACCUACAGCCUUGGGGAGAACAUAACUGUGUGCAUGAAGAAGAUGCUGGUGUUGUAUGCUCAGGUAAAAAUUACAAUUAAGAAAUAUCCUUAUCGUGUUUUUAUCUUGUAUUGUUAUGUUGUGAACUGCUCUGAGAUCUACAGAUGAAGGGUGGUAUGCAAAUUUAAUAUAUAAAUUAAUUAAUAGGAGCUAUACAGUUGGGUUAGAGGGAUGCGGGUGGCGCUGUGGGUUAAACCACAGAGCCUAGGACUUGCCAAUCAGAAGGUCAGCGGUUCGAAUCCCCGUGACGGGAUGAGCUCCCGUUGCUCCAUCCCUGCUCCUGCCAACCUAGCAGCUUGAAAGCACGUCAAAGUGCAAGUAGAUAAAUAGGUACCGCUCCGGCGGGAAGGUAAACGGCAUUUCCGUGCGCUGCUCUGGUUCGCCAGAAGUGGCUUAGUCAUGCUGGCCACAUGACCCAGAAGCUGUAUGCCGGCUCCCUCGGCCAAGAAAGCAAGAUGAGUGCCGUAACCCCAGAGUCGGCCACAACUGGACCUAAUGGUCAGGGGUCCCUUUACCUUUUAUACAGUUGGGUUAGAAACUUGUAUAUAAGUUGAAUCAGCAUGUCCGUUUUGUCAUCAACACAUUUCCUUCAGCUCUGCUGCUGAUAAUCAUAUCAAUGGAAGCAGGAAAGACCCUCUGUCUGCAUUUUCUUCCCCUCCUCUUUUGCAUAGUCUUUCCUUCGCUUCAUAUGCACCACAUUAAAUAGGUUCAGUUUCAGUCGAAGCUAUUUCUCAUCUCAACAGAGAUCAGAUUGGUGAACGGUACAAACAGCUGCUCUGGAAGAGUUGAGGUGCUCCACAACUGGCAGUGGCUGGCUGUGUGUGAUGACAGAUGGAAUCUGACCAGUGCCCAAGUUGUAUGUAGAGAGCUUGGAUGUGGUGAAGCCUUGGUGGCUGCAGGAGGAGCUCACUUUGGAACAGGAAAUGGUCCCACCUGGUUGUCUGGUGUCAGUUGUCAGGGGACAGAAGCUGCCUUCAAGGACUGUGACUUACAGUGGAGAACACAUGAUUGCAGCCAUGGAGAAGUUGCCAGUGUUGUGUGCUCAGGUAAUAGCUAUACUGUGGCCUUGGAAACUGGCUGCAAGUUCAACUAGUAAGUCUAUUUUGCCAAUAGAAGGUUGCUGAAGAGUUCUGAUGCUGAUAGUUGUGCUGGAAGGAGGAGGAAGAAGGGCAGUUCACAAUAUAAUUUUCAUUCUGUGUCAUUUUUGCUUUCUCUAGAAACAAAAUAAGUGUCCCAAUGCCGUUCUAGCUUUCUAGAUAAGCACUAGGUGUGAGUAACAUUCCCUAGAGGAGUUCUAAAUCCAAAUGACGUUUGAUGUCCUUCAUAGCCAUGGCAUCAUGUCUGGAGCUGCAUGCUCCUAUACCUUUAAAGUGAAUCCAGUGCAUAUUCUUGCCUGCAAGGAAUUCUGGGCACUGUAGUUUACCCUUCACAGAGUUACACUUAUCACCAGCCCUUACCAAACUACAGUGCCCAGAAUCCUGGUAUCUGGUGCCUUUAAAUUCAACAUUUCUCUCUCUCUUUCUACUCCCCAUCUACUGAUAAGCAAACAUAGCAGAGCAGUUGGGUUGAACCCAGGAACUGGCACUUCAUUAAACAUUUUCUGUUGGUGGAAAGAAGAGAGGAAUGGCAAAUUAAACCGAUGGACUAUGCCGAAAUGACAAAACUGACUGGAAAGCUCAGGAACCAAGAGGACAAAGCAUUUAAAAAAGAACGGGGGAAAUUUAUAAUUUAUUUAGAAGACCACUGUAAGCAGAUGAAAACAUUAGCAGGAUUUUAAUCUUACUUGUGCUGUAACAAAUACUAUGGAUAAUAUGGAUGAUUUAAAAUAUAGAUUAUGAAAUGAUAUGCAGUAGAAAAUGUUUAUAAUAGGAUCCAUGGAGGAGAUGGGAGGAAGUCUCGAGAUUCAGAGAAAUCUCUUUAUAUGGAUAUGUAUUUGGUUUUGUUAUAAAUUUAUAUUUGCAAAAUCAAAUAAAAAAUUAUUUUGUUUAAGAAAAUCUGUUUAAACAAGCCUAUUUAAAGAUGUAAUGGUGACGUGUUUUAAUAUCCAUGAUAACAUUACAUAUUUUAUUUAAUCUCUGUUUAAUGGUGACUUUUAUUGAUAAUUUCAACGUAUAUUCUUUUUCUGAUCAAGGGCUUUCAAAUUACAUUGAAUAAAGUAUAAAUGAAUGAAUGAAACUUGCGGAAUCAGAACCUGAGGCUUCCGAGGUGCGGAGUGGGGCUCCCAGGAUGCCUUAGGUUUGAGCCCUCACUGCAUAGGAAGAGCGUUGGUUGGUGACAAUAGCAAGCCCAGGACUCCCAAUUCUUAACCCUUCUCUAACACACAAGAUUCAAUGCCACAUAUUUGUUGCUAUGUUCAACUCUUUUUGUCUCAUCAGAGCUUUCACAUUUAGUGUUUAUUCAUUUUGUUUUGUUUUUGUUUGUCCCAUCAGAGCUCCGCCUAGUGAAUGGCCCAAGUCGCUGCUCUGGGAGGAUUGAGGUGUUGCACAACCGCCAGUGGGGGACUGUGUGUGACGCUGGUUGGGAUUUGCAUGAUGCUCACAUUGUGUGCAGGGAACUGGGCUGUGGAAAUGCCUCCAAAGCAUUUGGUGGAGCAUGGUUUGGACAAGGAUCUGGUCCCAUCUGGCUGGAGGGUCUCAACUGUACAGGAGAAGAAGCUUUCCUGAGUGAGUGUCCCCAAAGUCCCUGGGGAGAGCACAGCUGCAAUCACAGCCAAGAUGCCAGUGUGGAGUGCUCAGGUAAGUUUGCAAGACAAGUUGUACUUGAUGAACCCAGUAGAGGGCUUAGACCUCUGAGAUCCCUGAAGAUCAUAUUCUUAUUUUAUUACUGGCAUCUUAAAAGAGCAUCUUUAAAGUCUGGGGACACACUGGGGGUUAUUGUUUUGUUUUUUAUUCUGCUGUGUAUUUUUGUGUGUUUAUACUAUAAGCCACCCUCUGAUCCUUUGGGUGAAAGGUGGCAUGGAAAUUCAUUAAAUACAUAAAUACAUACGAAUACCAUCGGCCCAAUCCGUUCCUCAGCAGGAAAACUGUGAAAGUUUGUAGGUCGUAAAUCCUUUGACCCACGAAGUCUGCCACCCGGCACUGCAGUUAGCCUGAUUUACGAGCUGGUCCGAUGUUUAUGGCCACCCACACGCUUCUUCUGCACGCUGCCCCUCUUCGCUGUUGUCGUUGCAGAGUUCGUACGCAGCAUAAAUGGCUUAGUCUGUGUCAAAGUGGUGUCUUCAAUAACUCAACUUGACACCAGUGCUUCUAUUCUACCAAAGGUGUUUAUUCAGAAGCAUAAACAAACAGGAAAUAAACCGACAGAAUCAAGCUGCAGGCUUGCAGCGUUCUGUCUCUCACAAAAACAAAACCAACUCUCAGAGACUCUCAGUAACUCUGCUGAACAAAAAGAAAAAUGCCUGGAUAAUAUGGGCAGGCACCCAGUGAAUAAGAACGCCUCUGGGAGUGUUAACUCUAAACUGUCCAGAACCACAACAAAAAACGUACUGUGUGAUCAGCCAGAUCUCACCGGGAGAAUCCACGACAAGAAAGAAGAGGAAUACCAAGAAGACUGGAAGAAAUUUAAAGACUAUUUGAAUAAAUAUUGUAAUAUUAAAGAUAUGUAAUCACUUGAAAGAAUCAAUUAGGCCAAGGAUUAACUUGUGAUUAAAUAAAUAAAUAAGAAAAUGUACGAUAAGGAAAGUUAGGAAAUAUGAUUAUGACUGUGAUAUGAUUUUAUGAAAUGAUAUUGGAAACUGCUAUAUAUAAUUAUUAAGAAAGAUGGAAGAGAUUUGAGGAAGUCAAGUAAUAUGUUUAGGAAGAUGGAUUUUGAUCAAUUAUGUUUUAGUUUAUGUGGUGAUUUGAUGUAUUUUAGGUUUUAUGAUCUUUUUUCUUUUUUCCGUUUCAUUCUUUCUCCUUUAUUAUUGUUGGCUUUUUUCUGUUAUGUUUAUGUAUGGAAAAUAAUAAAUAUUAAUGUUGGGGGGGGGGGCUGUACUGUGUUCAUGAUUCCCAAGAAGGGCCCUGGGGACACCAUUCUGCCUUCCUCCUGCUCCAUGUUAAGUUGCUGGGUAGGAGCACAGGAAAGUGCCUUAGACAGGUUGAGACCAUUGGUCCACCUAUCUCAGUAGCGUCUACACUGACUGGCUGUCCAAGAUUUCGGGAGAGGUUCUCUCCCCAUUUUACCUGCAGAUGCCAGGGAUUUAACCUGUGAGCUUCUGCAUGCAAAGCAGAUGCUCUACCCCUAAGCUAUGUCCCCCAAACAAGAGGAGCCAUGGAAGCAGUUAACAGAUUAGGGAAAACAGAGCCAAGCAUGUCCUACUGCGAUCAGGCUGUGCACAGGGCUGUGUUUCCUUGGGACACGACUAGUUAGGAAAGCAAGGCUGUGCACCAGGUUAACUCAAAUUCUGCAAUAAUAGUUAUCCCCAACUGCACCUGCAAUUCUCUGCUAAGUGGCAAGACCACAUAGGUCCUACUGGAUUUACUGUAUUGGCCCGAAUAUAAGCCGCACCUGAAUAUAAGCAGCACCUUUAAAAUUUAAGUGGGGGAGGGGAGAGAAAAAACAAUACCCGCAUAUAAGCCGCCACCUUAAAAUUCUUCAGGCACUCACACCCAUUCCGUUUUACCAUAUGUCUGUUUCAGCAGCGAUAUUGUAAAAGCCAAUUUUUGUAAGGUCGCAAUUUAAGCCACACUUUAACUUUUCAUGGUCAAUCACGAAAAAACAACUGUGACUUCCUGCACUAGUUUGUGGGCAUAUAGAGGAAAACAAAAUAAUGCAAGAGUGAAAAGUGAGCAGUUUGCAGGCGCCUCGGUUUUUUAUUUGCAAUGAAUAAGUGACAGUGUCUUCCUUCUCCUGCUUUUACAGGGGACGCAUCUGUCGAGGGCAACAUCCGCCUGGGAGUGUCUGCCUUGGUCUUGCUUGUUUUGGUGCUGAUCAUGGCUGAGGCUGUGUACAGCUGGAGGAGAGGGCAGCUUUAA